AUGGCGGGAACAGGAAACGAUCCGCAGAAACAACUGCUAAGCAUCAUCCGCAACUUCGCCACCGAGAAAUCUCAAGGAGAACGAAGAGUUGUUACUCUCAGAAAGCAAAUCGAAACGCUUAAAUCUGAGUUGAGCGUCGCUAAUGCGGAACUUGAGAAAGCUAAGCGCUGCAAAGAACUUGUUGAACAGGAACUUAAAGGUUUUGAACUUCAUCUGUUUUUGAGUGAAGCUUCUGUUCAAACCCUAGAGGCGAGGGUGUCUCUAACUCAGAAUGAGAUGUCUGUUGUGGAAUCUGAUUUGGAAACUCUAAAGAAUGAAGAAGUGACUUUACGUGAUCAAUUCAUCUGCAACAUGCUUGACCUGAAUGCCAAAAUAAGGAAAUUUCAAGAGAGCAUCAUGACUUGUGACAUUGAUUCAGUAGAAGAUGCAGCUUGUGGAGAUCUGGCACAAGUAAGUAUGGAAGAAAAUGAUGUUGAUGAUGCUCUAAGUGCUCUUGAAAGUAGGCUUUUGGAGAUAAUAUCUCAAACAACUAAAGAGGAGCAUGAAUUACAAGCCCAACAGAAAAUUUAUGAGAGCGUCCAGCGUGAGUUGAUUGAUUUGGAAAGAAAGGUGUCUUUAAUGAAUAUGUUAGUCACAGAAACAAAAGAAUUGCAAGAUCUCACCAUAUAUCCUUAUAACGGUUAA